ACGGUACACCACCACACCACACACCGACAAACGACACAAUGUCACAACUACACCCGACACCCCGGCAAGCCUACCUAACACUCCUCCGCGCUGCACGCCUCGCCUUUGCCAACGACGCGCGAACACUGACGGCAGCGCGCACCAAGAUCCGCCGGGAAUUCCGGCACACGCCGGCGGCGGGAAGGGACGAGGGCGUGCGCCUCGCGCUGGAAACGGCCACCAUUCUGAGGAGGAAUGUGGUUCAGGGCGUCAUGGAGGGAGGAAGUGGUGGGGAGUCUGGGGUUUUCCGUGAGUUUUUUUUUCACUUUUUUUUUACCGGCCGAGAGAGAGGCUGAUUUGGAGGCGGGGAGGUCAGGGUUGAGGAUUCAUGAUGAGACUGAGAGGGGGGAUAAUGGGAGUGUCAAGGUUGGUGAGGGAAAGUGUUGUUCUGGGUGAGCGGGUAGUAUCAUAUCACGAGGAGCGGAGGAGAACCUGGCAUGAAAAAGCAGAUUCGAAUUAUGUUAUGAUUGAUAUGACGCACCCCUCAAGUAAAAAGAAAGGGAACGAAAAAUGAACAGAAAAUAAAAAACAUGAUGAAAUUAUAGUACAAGUAAUAUAUAAAAAAAAACCCUCUCUCAUCGCAUCGCAUCCAAACUUCAACUCCCCACCUGCGAAGGAUACACAACAUCAUCCUCCCCGGGGGGUCUAGCGAGGACAAUCUCC